AUGCCUCCUGUUCUUCAAAUUUCGGUGUUUUUGUCUUCUUCUUCUUCUUCAUCUCAAAAGGUUUGUUUGUUUGUUAUUUUGGGUUGAUUUUUGAUGAGAAAGGACAUGUUGUAAAAAUAUCUAUUUUUAUAUGAUAAAAAUUUGUAUCAACAUUUCCUUGUUUUUGAAAAAAAAUCCUCGAAAAGUCUCAAAGUUCAACUAGUUCAUAUGACUCACUCACUGAACCAAUUAUUCUAACCAACUGCUCUCUCUUCUCAUUUUGCCCUAUUUUUGCACUCUCUUGUUUUUCUCCUCAUUUUUCUCCAAGUUUUGAGAUUAUUUUAUGCGUUUAGAAAAUUACGAAGUGAGUUUGUUUUUUUUUUUUUGAAAAAAAUGUAAUGCAAAUGCAAUUUAUUUCAACGUGGACCAUGAGUUGGAAUUUUUUUAAUCUGCCUUUUAAUAUUUUCAAAAUUGUUCAUUUCAGAAAUCAGAUCCUCGUGACAUCCAUGUUGGAAUUGUUGGUGCUGGUUUGGCUGGUUUGAGAGCCGCGCGGUUUUUUGAAGAGAACUCGAUUCGAUAUACAAUUUUAGAAGGAUCUGAUAGAAUAGGAGGACGUGUAUAUCCUUUUGAAUAUGGUAGCACUGUUUUCAUUUUCAAAAAAUUUGAAGUAUGUUUUUUUUUCAGAAAAUGGUUAUCUUCAACACGGCGCCGAAUAUUUGAAUGGAAUUGAUAAUGAAAUUUUUGAUAUUGUGCAGAAAAAUGAGUUGGGACAAGAAAGAGUUCCCGAUUUAUUUAUGCUGGAUGAAAAUGUCAUAACUUUUGUGGAUGGAAAAGUUGUUAGCAGGUAAACUUAUUGUUUAUUUUAAUGCAAAUGAUUUUCUAAAUUUAACAGUGGAAUAAACUCGAUUUGGAAUUUGUUCAUUGAUUCGCUCAAUGAGACAUUAUUUCGAGAGGCUGAAUCUUGCGAGAAACUCAAAACUCGAUCUGUUCUUUUGAGAAUAAAUGAGCAUUUUGAAGCUUUUCUAGAGAAAACAAAUAUUGCUCGAGAGAAUGCGGAAAUUUUCAAAAAACUCAAACUCAUGUUUUGCAACUUCUUCCAAACAGAAUGGUCUUCGCCAGUUGGAGAGGUGAACUUUCUCAAUUGAAAUUGAAAUGGAUGUGUUUUACAGUUAGCUUUGGAAAAUAUAACUUUAUGGGACGAUGGAACUGAUGAUGAAGAUUCACUUGUUUUGAAUAAAUUUGGAUUUCAAAAAAUUCUAGAGAAAUUCAAAAGUGAAGUGUCAAUGAAAAACGUGUUGUUGAAUUCGAAAGUAUUGAAUAUCAACUAUUGUUUGUCAGAAAACGAUUCAAAAAUUCGUGUUCGUCUUGAGAAUAACACUGAUCUGUUUUAUGAUCAUGUUAUUGUCACAAGUUCUCUUGGUUAUCUAAAACAAUUCUCAAGAAAAAUGUUCUCGCCUGAACUUCCUUUUGAUAAACAACAAGCUAUUCAAAAUAUGGGAUUUGGAUCAAAUAUGAAAAUAUUCUUGGAGUAUAAGAAUCCAUGGUGGCCAGAAAAUGUUUCAACAAUUCAGAUCGCCCCAAAAUCGAAAUAUCCUGAUAGAUUUUCAAAAUUGACUGAGAAUUUGAUGGUUUUCCAACCAAGUUCGUGGGCUUCAAAUAUUCUUAUAGCUUGGAUUGCUGACAAUGGGCCGAGUGAAGUUGGAAUUAUGAAAAAUCAAGAACUUCUAGAUGCAAUCAAUGAUUUCCUCCAAGAAAAUCUAAAAAGCGAGUUUCCUUCUAUCAGCAAAGCAAUUCGGGUAUUUCGCCACAGUUGGAUUUACGAUGAAUUUGCAUUGGGUAGUUAUUCAUAUCUCAAGUCUGACACAUAUCAACAAAAUACUAUUGAAAAUCUUACGGCGCCAAUCACUUCUGAUGAAAAUCGGUAUGAAUAUUCCACUUUAAUUAAUUUUACUUCUAAGCUCGAAUGAUUUUUCAGCCCUCUAGUUUGUUUUGCCGGCGAGCACACUUCUCCACAAAUGUAUCAAACAACAGUUGGAGCAGCUGAAUCGGGAUUAAGAGAAGCUAAACGGAUUUUAAAUUAUUAUUCUAUGAACUGA